AACUUUAUAAUUUUUAUAUAUGUAAACAUUUAACCAAGAUAUUGAAGGUUUUAAGUAGUCAUCUUCAUAACUUUAAAUGCUAUUUUUUAAGAAAAACAUAAAAACGUUAUAUUUUAUUUUGGUAAGUUGUUAAUGUUCUUAAUCUGGCAUACCACUUCAGGUAUCUACUUCUGCACCACGUUCCUUGAAACACCGGUAACUGCUUACAGCAUAGGGCGUUGAAUUUGUAUUUAAAAUUCUAUGCAGACAUUCAUUGAAAAGCAAUUGUUACGGUAACGUUUCUGCACUUCAUAGUUAAUAAUUAUACAAGAAAGUACUGUAAAUGGUUAUUUGCUACUGAAUGGAACAAAAAAGAAGAACAUGGAUUUGUCUCAGGUUCUGCCCACUUUGAUUACGAUUCGAAUGAUGCAAUUAAUAAUGCUGUUUCUGAUGAAUGAAAGAUUUAAGCUAUGUCAGGUUAUGCUGAGGCGUAGCCGGCUCAAUUUUUUGAAAAAAGUUUAUUGUAUUUGUACACCUACGAAGAAAAGACGUCGAAAGCGAAGAUUUUGGAAAAAGACACGAACUUCAGAAUGGUGGGAUAGAAUCGUAAAUCAGCAUUUUGGCAAUGAAGAUUGGAUAGAAAAUUUCCGGACCAUAAAGCGAAUUCAAAAUUGUGACGUCCCGCUGAUGAUACUAGGCGAUCCAGCAUACCCUUUGCAAACAUGGCUCAUGAAAGGUUACUCUGGAAGUUUAAAUCCAUCUGAAGAGUCUUUUAAUGUGUAUCUUUCAUCUGCACGCAAUGUGGUGGAACAUGCAUUUGGACGACUCAAAAGCAGGUAAAGACCUAUUACAACUAAUUCAAUGAAAGGACAAGCACUAUUGAAAGGAAAUCUAUUAAUUAAUAUUAUAUUCAGAUGGGGAUGUCUAUCUAAAAGAUGCGACAUUAGCUACAAGUU